AUGGUCUUCCGCUAUGUGAAUGCUGGACAGCUGUUGGGCACGGCUGCGCGGCGCUCGCAAGAAGGCCAGCAUUUGUUGUUGCAAGUGAGGAGGUACCUGAGGAAGCAGUGGCUUCAUUUUGCCAGCCUGGUCUUCUGCAGCAUCUUGAUUCUCGUCGACACCAGCCGGGAGUGCAAAGACGACUCCUUCAGUUACCUGACAUCGAUCGGCUUUGCCGGAUUGGGGCUUUUCUUAAGCCUGGACCGUUUGGUCGCUGUGGUUCGAGACCGGGGACGAGAAGAUGCCGGGCCUCUACUACAGGAAAGCCAGGGCCUGGGUCUACAAAGCACUGAGCUGGAAUCCCCAAGGGCCGGGCUGUCUCGUCUUCAUCAUUCCAGCUCACGGCUUCAUCACUCGAUGAGUACCUCGAUUCAAGGGGCCGAUGGGUAUCGGCUAUUGGACUUUUCCGGACUCUUAGAGCAGCUAAUACAAUACCUACGCGACGAGGAGCUCCAGCUGGGACAGCAGCUUCAGCUCUUAGGGAAGGGGCUCGAGCCGAAGCAAGCGGCCGAAGCUCAGAAUGCCAUCUUGCGCUCCUCUGCCUGCCUUGACGACAACCCCGAAAUGCAGUGGGAUUGGACCAUUUCUGCAGGCUCUGACACUGCCCUCACCGUGAUUGCACCUCGUUCCUUCGUGUAUUUGCGUCGCCUUUGUGGUGUGGAUGGACAGAAGCUUCUGGCGGAGCUCUUGCGCACCAACGUCAGUGAGCUGCGCAGUGCGGCCAAGAGCGGGUGCUCCUUGCUCCUGUCGUCAGACAGCACCACCUUCGUCCUUAAGACGAUUUCAAGAUCUGAAGUGAAACAGCUUCGCGCCAUGUUGGGACCAUACCGUAAGCACCUGGAGCAUCACCCAAACUCCAUGCUAUGUCGAGUCUAUGGCUGCUUCAGCUUCAAGAAUUCCUUGGGCUACUUUCUGCAUGCGGUGCUCAUGAACUGCCUGACCGGAAUGCCUGCGUCUCUGGCAGAGCAUCAUCUUCCUGCAGUGGACGAAGUCGGCGAACCUUCCAUUUUCGACAUUAAGUCGGAGUUUCAAGAUGGCGGCUUCCGGAGUCGCUUUCCCAGUGGCUUGAAUUGUUCGGGGCGCAGUUGGCCAAGCGACUUCGAAGCUGAUCUGACAUUCCUGGCAUCGUUGGGCGUCGUGGACUAUUCUGUGCUACUUGCCGUUUGGCAGCUGCCGGACGAGCUUGGCAGAGCGCUGGAGAAUGUAGAUCUGCCAAGCGGCAUGAGCCUGCAACGGCCACAAUCCAGCGGGUGCUUUCAGUUGGCCAGGAUGGGGAUCAUCGAUUUCCUGGUGCAUUGGGACGUGCGCAAGCGAACUGAGAGCGCCUUGAAGCGCACGUGCCUGCAUCCCAGGCACACUGAGCGCGUUACAAUCAUGGAUCCGGAGACAUACAAGCGGCGGCAACUUGCAUUUUUGAUGGCCAUGUUUCGCAACACAGCUUAA